GAAUGAUAUAAACCAGAACACAGGCGAUGAUGAUUGUACCGUAUUUGGUAGCACUUGUGCUACUAAUCUUAUCACCCCCACCUGCCACGUCAUCAACGGCUAACAUCUCGUCGUUGAUCGAAGCUCUUGGGCCAAAUAAAUUAUGUUCGGUGUAUGAUCCAUUCAAAGUUCUGCCUGAAAAUAAUAAGUUCCAAAUUGGCGGUAGCUUUCCACUUCAUCAAGAUGACUGUACUACUCUUCGACCGGACACUGUUCAAGAGAUUGUUGCAAUUCAAUGGGCACUCACACACUGGAAUCAAAAAGAUGAGAACGGUGAUUGCAAACUUGGUCUAUACGCUGGAGAUACCUGCUCGCGGUCAGCAGAAUCGCUCUCUCAAUCUCUUCGAUUCUUAGAUUCAGUCGGUUAUCACGAGCCAAAAGAGUGCAGAACUGAAACUCCUGGUGCGAAGUUGCUCGGUUUGAUUGCUCCAAAAGAUUAUGAAUCAUCGAUGUCUCUUGGAAAAUUCUUGUCGGUGUCUGCGAUUCCAGUGGCUGCGUACUCAUCUGAAUCUGUGAAUGCGUUGACAGAGCUCGAUGUUGAAAAUACGAUUGCCACGUCACCAACAAUUGGAGUUUAUGUUGAGGCUUUGAUCAGAUUGAUAAAUCAAAUGAGAAGCAAUCUGGUUACUGUAGUUGAUGAUGGAGCUCAAAAUCCUGUUGUUAAAAAAGUGAUCUCAUACCUUCGUGACGCCGAUAUCUUUGUCUCCGAAUCCAUUCCAAUCGAUCAUCCAUUCCUUGCUCAAGCUCUUGAAGACAGUGAUUCAUCAAUUGUUGUUAGUGUUCUUAACAAACAACAAUUACUGAAAACUGUGAAACAUCCAUCCAUCUAUGCAAUGUCAAAAAUGUGGAUUUCAAUUCCAACCGAAGGAGAAGCUCUUGAUGAAUCCGAGCAAUUAGAAUUACUACAUAAAGAUGCAAAACUUGAAGUUGUUUCUCUUCAACCAAAAUACAAAGAAUUACCUCAAUUUAGAGAUUAUUUCAUUCGAGUUCUUCGUAACAACUUCAAGAAUUACCAACUUCUAACUUCAUACAUUGAACAAGUUUAUAAUUGUACAAAUGAAGACUGUAAUUUGAAUAAGGAUGUCAUGAUGAAAACAUAUGUCCAAGCAAGAACUGCUGAAGCUUCAAUCCGAAUGACCUAUGCUUUUGCUGCAGUUGCUCAGAUAAUUGGUGCCAACAAAGAAUAUGAAAAGACAUGUUCUCAUGCUUCAUCAGAAUGCACAGAACUAAUUAUGGAAACUUUGGAAACAAUGGAUUAUGCAUUCAACAAACAAGAUCCACCAGAGUUUGCUGGAGAAAGAUUACAAUUUUAUCGAGGGACAGAAAACAUUCUUCUUGCUUCCGGAAUGCAAGUUGAAGCUAUCGAAAUUUAUAAUCAGGACAAGGAACCCGUGACGUCACGGUUAUUGAGUUUCACGACUGGAAAUCCACCAACUGUGAUUAUGUCUUCAUUGAGAUCUGCAGAUCAGAGACUCCGAUCAAUUUGCGCUCCAUAUCGGCCAUUCUGUGGACAAUGUCCAAAUCUUCAAAUUGUUAACUCUGAUCACCACUUUUUGUCGAUCCCUCGUCAUUAUCCUCUCUAUCUUGUCGGUCUCUUUGAUCUUCACAGUGGACAAACUUGCCAAUCAAUGGCUCAUACCGAUAUCUCACUUCCAAUGGCAUUUGUACAUACAGUUUGGACAUUUAAGCAACGAUUCCCUCAACUCGGACUACUCAAAGAUCUUGAUUUUGGAGCACUGCUCAUUGACAGUUGUUCAUCAGGAAAACAGGCAAUUGAGUCAGUUGUUCGUUCUGAGACCCAGUGUUUCCGAUUCAAUCAGGCUGGACGAAAUAUUACAAUUGUUCCAAAAUCUGUAUUUGGAUAUGCAAGUGCUCUUCAUGGAGAUUCUCAAGAAUCAUUGAAAGGAUAUUUCUCGUCAGGAGAUACAGAUGCUUCAUUGGUAUCUGUUGAUUCUGAACAUUCGGCUCUUCAAAGAUCUUUCACUGCUCUUCCAUCAUCUAGAAAUCAAGCUUUGGCUCUUUUGAAACUUCUCAAUAGAAUGCAAUGGCAGUUUGUAACCGCUGCAUUAAGUGAGCAGGAUCCAGAGUCGCUUUCUCUUUUCCGUGCCUUUGAAAGACUCGCUUUGGAUCGUGGUGUUUGCCUUGCCGAGGUUCUCAAUAUCGGAGGAUCUAGACUUGAUAACAUCAGAAGUACCACUAACGUGACUAUUGUGUUUUCCACGGCUCGUGAUGCAGCCGACUAUCUUAUUGCUUCGAAGAUACGUGGAAACCAUGUCAAUGUCAUGAUGGGAGAAGCUCAUGAUUGGUAUCUACAUGCUCCAAAUAAUAAGGAACUGUUCCCUGGAACAGUUUCAGUUCAACCAAGAAAUAUAUUGUAUGGAGAUUUCCGUGAGUGGUUGGAGACAACAACUCCUUUGACUCUUCCUGAACUUUGGUAUUGGUCGUAUAUUGAGUCAAGAUAUGGAUGUGCAUUGAGCCAAAAGAGCAAAGUUAUCUAUGGAAAGAUGUGCACAGGAGACGAGCUUCUCAACAUUGAAUCUCUUGGCCGAAUGACCAAGGCUGGUUACCUCUCGCGUGGAGUCGAACGUUUCCUAUUUGCAAUGGACUCUGUCUACAAAAGUCUUUGCCCAGCUCAAAAUGGAUUGUGCCUCGAGUUCUACGAACAAGGACGUAGACAAAUUCUCACUCAACUCAAGAAAACAUCAACUGAAGAUGACGUGGAGAUUUAUGAAUUCCUUCCGGAUAUCAAUAAUCAUUUCACUUAUCAUCUUAUUGCCAAUUGGACUUUAACCACUGGAUUGAGAAUGACGAAUCAAUAUAGAAAUGGAAAUGGAGUACCAACUGAGAGCAAGUGUCAACCACCAAUGUGCAAGUGUUUCCUUGAUGGUGAUUUCUUCCAGCGACCACUUGACUCAUUUGUAUUCCGCCCUGAUGAGCCAGAGGGAAGUGAUCAGUCAUCAUAUAUCAAGAGACAACCAGCUUUUGGAUCUGAAAAAAUUGAAUAUCAAUCUGUAUUUGAGCACAUCACUACAGGACACUGGAGAGAUCAUCCACAUAAUUAUGUUCUUCUAGCUCUGAUUACAGUUCUUGUUGUUGUUGCAAUUGCUGUUCUUGUUCUUGUUCUCGUAAAACUGUAUCUACGUGUUGUCAAAGGUAAUCAAUCAUUGGGAAUCUCUCUGCUCAUUGGAAUCAUUAUUCUCUAUUCUACUGCAUUCUUCUUUGUCUUCGAUCCGACUGAUUCAGUAUGCAGAUUGAGAGUUAUAUUGCAUGGAUUGGGAUACACUAUUUGUUUUGGAGUAAUGAUUGCCAAAGCAACUCAGCUUCGAAAUGCCGAAACCCUUGGAUUCGGAACAGCAAUCCAUAUAUCAUUCUGGAACUAUUGGCUUCUUUUAUUCUUUAUUGUCGGUGUUCAAAUUGCACUUUCUAUCAGUUGGUUCCUUGAACCAUUCAUGUCAACAAUUGGAGUAAUUGACACAAAUGUACAGAGAAUGAUGUGUACAAUGGGAAAAGUUGAAUUCGUAGUUUCCAACUUCUACGUCAUGAUUCUCAUAUUCAUGGCAUUAUUUAUCAGCAUGCUCAACAGAAACAUCAAGAGAAAUUAUAAGGAAACAAAAUGGUUACUGUAUUCAACAGUUCUAUGCUUCUUCACUUGGGUCGCAUGGAUCACACUUUACUUGGUUCUCGAUCAUGAGUUCAGGGACACUGUUAUUGUCGUUGAACUGGUUGCCUGUGCAACAAUUCUUCUUGGGUUCUUGUUCGGACCUAAAAUCUAUAUUCUUCUAUCCUAUGAGCCAGUUGUAGUUGCAUUUAAGAGAGAUCCAUUCCCAAAUCAUACUGAUCUAUUCGAAAAAGACGAUGAUCUUCCAUCACAACGUGCGGUGUCUCCAGCUUCAUCAACAUCUUCUUCUUCAAAUCGUUCAUCAUCUGGAUCCUCAUACACAUCAUCUUCAAAACGACCUGUUAACGCUGUUGGACCACUUCCAUUAAACAAGAAUGUUGAGGAUCAGUCACCAAUAUUCCAUACGGUUAUGAGGAAGAAGACCAAAGUUCGGCGAUCCAAUAGCGAACAUGAUACCAUUAUGAACGUUGGUAUUCCGAUGACAUCGGUCCCUAUCAUUCGAAGUCCAUCGGCUCGUGACGAAAAGGUUCAUCGAGUGGCCAUAUCGCCACCAAUUCGAGACUAUAAUUCGAUCAAUCAUUGAUGUACAUACCCCCUCCCCAUCCCAAAACCUCCUCGCCGAACCCCCACAUAAUUGACACGUGUAUAAUCCUCAAUCUUUCCUAUUUUUGUGUGUAAUAUCUCCAUAUUUGUUACAAAUAUAUUUAUGUAUCUAGAAAUGAUUCCAUGUUGCUAGUCCAACUACUUAGCCUCUGCCUCCCUCCACAAGCCUACGGUACUAUUCCGUCACUGAGAUUCGAUUCGUUACUGUGUGUCACUUCUUUUAAUUCUGAAAUAUUUCUGUUGAAUAACUGCGACAACAAAGUUGUUGUUGCUCCAAAUCAUUUAUUUAAAGAAAAAAAACAAAUAAAAAUUUAUGAAAUUA